AUGGAGUAUUUUUCGACACAUUUCCAUCCCAGAAUCCGUAUUCUUUGCAUAAUUGUAAUCCUACAAUCUUCUACACCAUUGCCCACGAUGGGAAACGAAACUGAUAGACAAGCUUUAUUGGAUUUCAAGAAUGGAAUAAAUCAGGAUCCGUUUCAGAUCAUGACGUCCUGGAAUGAUUCAGUCCAUUAUUGCAACUGGACUGGAAUUACAUGCAAUCCCUUCAAUGGAAGAGUUAGAAUUCUUAACCUGACAUCCUUAAAUUUGGUUGGCUCCUUACCGCCUUCUUUAGGCAAUCUUUCAUUUCUCGAUGGUAUAAACCUGAGAAGGAACAGUUUCCAGGGUGAUAUUCCUCAGGAAAUUGGAAGAUUAUUGAGACUGAAACAUCUCAAUUUAACAUACAAUUCCUUCACUGGAAAUAUUCCUUCUAAUCUCACGCACUGCACAGAACUUACAGUUCUUGCUUUGGAAGCUAAUCAGCUUGUCGGGCAGAUUCCAGACCCGCUGAACUCCCUGUCAAAGCUACAGGCCCUAGGCCUGGGACAUAACUAUCUUACAGGAGGAUUCCCUGCCUGGAUAGGAAAUUUUUCAUCUCUUUCCCGAAUUUCACUUGCUCUUAACAGUUUUCAGGGUAGUAUACCUCAAGAAAUUGGGCGCUUGUCGAGGUUGGAAUUUUUUCAGAUUUAUGGAAAUGAAUUCUCUGGUACAAUUCCUGCGUCCAUUUAUAAUGUAUCAUCUAUCAGUUACUUCUCAGUUACUCAGAAUCGUUUGCACGGGGAACUCCCACCAGAUAUCGGUUUCAACUUUCCAAAUCUUGAAGUAUUUGCUGGUGGCGUAAACAAUUUCACUGGAUUGAUACCUGUCUCGUUAUCAAAUGUUUCCGGGCUUGGUUUGAUUGAUUUUGCUGAAAACAAGUUAACAGGGACAGUGCCAACAGUUCUUGGAAGCUUGACAGGUUUAUACAGAAUUAACUUUGAUGAUAAUAAACUUGGAACCGGAAAAAAAGGCGAUUUAGACUUCCUUAAUUUCUUAACUAAUUGUACAAAUCUUGAAGUUUUGGGAUUGUCUGAAAAUUUCUUCGGUGGAGAAUUACCUGAUUCAGUAGCCAACCUUUCGACUAAACUCGAAAUACUUACAUUAGGGGGCAAUUUAAUGCGUGGAAAUCUUCCUGUUGGUAUAGGGAAUCUUGUUAAUUUGACGCUAUUAGGCCUGGAAGGAAAUUUCUACACAGGAAAUAUCCCUGACGACAUUGGCAAGCUUCAAAACUUAGGGGAAUUGUAUUUCACUGGUAAUGAACUCUCUGGCCUGAUUCCGGCUUCUCUUGGUAACUUGACAUCGUUAACUAGACUUCACUUGGAGAGCAAUAAACUCCAAGGAAACAUACCUUCAGAAAUAGGAAAUUGCAGAAGUUUAAUUGAGCUAAACUUUUCUGAUAAUAAUCUUACUGGAAUUGUACCGAAGGAGGUCAUGAGUCUCUCUUCUCUUUCAAUCGUUUUAAACAUGGCGAAAAACGCAUUGUUUGGUUCAUUACCAACUGAAGUGGGCAGGCUGAUAAAUCUGAAGGAAUUGGAUGUUUCAGAAAACAAAUUAUCAGGCAAUAUACCCAGUAGCCUCAGCAGUUGCCUAAGUUUGGAGCGUUUGGAUAUGCGCAGUAAUCUGCUUCAAGGCCAGAUUCCUGAAACUUUGGAAGCAUUACGAGGCUUGGAGGAGAUAGAUUUAUCGCAUAAUAACUUUUCUGGCAAAAUUCCAAGAUUCUUCUUGAAGUUUUCAACUCUCAGAAAACUAGACCUUUCAUUCAAUAAUUUUGAGGGCGAAGUGUCGAAUGAAGGGAUUUUUCGGAAUUCAAGUGUGAUUUUUGUCGUGGGAAAUGAUAAACUAUGCGGUGGAGCUCCAAACUUUCAUCUGGAAUCAUGCUCGAAAUCCACCACUCACUCAUCAAAAAACCUAGUUGUGAGAGUAAUAAUCCCCGUCACUGUUUGUACAAUAAUCUUCAUUCUGUUUAUAUGUUGUUUUUCUGCUUGGUAUGUAUUGAGGAAGUCGAAAAAGCAGCAACUUGAGGCUUCCUCUUCAGAAAAUCUGCAAUUAUACAAUUCAUACCAAGAAAUAUUUCAGUUGACUGAUGGAUUUUCUGAGGACAACUUAAUUGGUUCAGGUAGUUUUGGUUCAGUAUACAAAGGAGUCCUCUGCGAGAAUGGAGUGAAUGGUGCAAUAGUAGCGGUGAAAGUAUUGAAUCUUCAACAGAAAGGAGCCACCAAAAGUUUCAUGGCUGAAUGUGGAGUUCUCAAAAGCACAAGGCAUCGAAAUCUCCUCAAGAUUAUAAGUGCUUGUUCAAGCGUCGAUCGUCAAGGUAAUGAAUUCAAAUGUCUAGUUUACGAGUUCAUGAUCAAUGGAAACCUGGACGAGUGGCUGCAUCCAACACAUCUUGCGGCAUACCAGACGAGGAGUUUGGGCAUCUGUGAAAGAUUGACAAUAGCCAUAGAUAUUGCUUCUGCUCUAGAUUAUCUGCACACCUAUUACCACACACCAAUAGUUCAUUGCGAUCUAAAGCCAAGCAACAUACUUGUAGACGAAGAUUUGACUGCUCACGUUGGAGACUUUGGAUUGGCAAAGUUUCUCCACAAAGCUUCAGAAAAUCCGGAAAAUCGUGCCAUAUCAUCUGAGUUGAAGGGUUCGAUUGGUUACAUUCCUCCAGAGUAUGGUUCAGGCAGUGAGGUUUCCAGCCUUGGAGAUGUUUACAGUUUUGGAAUAGUUUUACUAGAGUUAUUUGUAGGCAAAAGACCGACUGAUGAUAUCUUCAAAGAUGGUAUGACCAUACACGAAUACGUAGCCAGAGCUUUGCCUCAACAUAUUAUGGAAAUUGUCGAUCCAUCAUUGCUAUUGGCCAAAGAAAAUGACAAGAGAUACGAGAUAGAAACAGCUGAAAGAGAAGAAAGUGCGAUUUUAUACCAAGAUGACUUCCAACUUUUCGCCAGAGGACGAAUCGAAGAACUACUGAUUUCAGCGUUGGAAAUUGGACUUUCUUGUUCAAACUCAUCGCCAAGGGACCGGAUGGCAAUGAAUACUGUUAUGAAUAAACUUCAUUCAAUCAGAGACUCAUUUUUGAAGAUCGAGAAAACAGAAGUAUAA